UGUUCUUCCUCUCUGAUGGCUCUAUGGGAGUUCCUAACACUGAGCCUCCACUGCUGGGUUGCAGCCACGGCCAGCCUCUCCGAUCAGAGGGCCAGGGGGCCCCUUGACUGGCUCCUCUCUGACAAGGGCCCCUUCCACCACUCUCAGGAGUACACCGACUUUGUGGAGAGGAGCCGACAGGGCUUCUCUACCAGAUACAAGAUAUACAGAGAGUUUGGGAGGUGGAAAGUGAAUAACUUGGCUGUGGAGCAGAAAGAUAUCCUGGACUCCCCUUUACCCCUCACCCCAGAAUUUAUCCGCAACAUAAGACUACUGGGACGGCGACCAACCAUCCAGCUCAUUACUGAAAAUCUCAUCAAGAAAUAUGGGACCCAUUUUUUACUAGCGGCAACUUUGGGAGGAGAAGAAGCCUUAACUAUAUUUGUGGACAAAAGAAAACUGAGUAAAAAUACGGAUGGCAGCGACUAUUCCAGCAACAGUACGUCCGUCACAUUGGAGACUCUCCACCAGCUGGCUGCCUCCUACUUCAUCGACAGAGAGAGCACGCUACGCAAGCUGCACCACCUCCAGAUCGCCUCCACUGCCAUCAAGGUAACAGAAACAAGAACAGGUCCUCUUGGUUGCAGUAACUAUGACAACCUUGAUUCUGUUAGUUCGGUGCUGGUUCAGAGUCCUGAAAACAAAGUUCACUUACAAGGUCUGCAGGUUAUCCUGCCUGAUUACCUGAGGGACCGCUUUGUGCAAGCUGCUCUCAGUUACAUUGCCUGCAACAGUGAGGGUGAUUUUGUAUGCAAAGAUAAUGAUUGCUGGUGUAAGUGUGAUCACAAGUUCCCAGAGUGCAACUGUCCAUAUAUGGAUAUUCAGGCAAUGGAGGAAAGCUUGCUUCGGAUUACUGAGUCCUGGAGCACCCAUUACAAAGAAUUUGAGGAUUCAGAUGAAUUAAAAAUGUUUGUGGCAAGACUGCCACAAAAUUAUUUCCUGAACAUUUCAACAAUACAGCACUUGUGGUCAAUGGACAGUUUGUUUCAGCGGCGCUACGAGCAACUGGAGAGCAACAUGAAAGGAUUGCUGAAAAGAGCUCAAAGAGUGGUGUACAAGCUCUUUGGUCUAAGCAAGAGGUGUCAAAAACAGCCACAUAUUACUCUACCCAGGGAAAGACUACGGACAUAUUGGUUAAACUAUUUACAGUCUUUACUCUACUGCUCAGAGAACAACCAGCUUGGGUCAUUUUCUGCAGAAACACACAGCUGCAUCUGUGCAUAUGACCAGACGUCCUGCCAGCUGCCCAUUCCCUGCUCCAUAGGCGAAAGGCAGGCGUGUGCUGCAUGUGCCACUGACAACCUCACCCGCUGUGGCAGCUGCAACUCCGGCUUCAUGCUCAGCCAGGGUACCUGCAAGCCCAUGGUUGCAGACUCCACUGAAAACUAUCUGGGCUUCGAGACAGACCUGCAGGACCUUGAGCUGAGGUAUCUCCUGCAGAGAGUAGACAGGAGGCUUGAGGUCCAUGCCAUCUUCAUUAGCAAUGACAUGCGCCUUAACAGCUGGUUUGACCCUUCCUGGAGGAAACGCAUGCUCCUCACCUUAAAGAGCAACAAGUACAAGUCAAAUCUCGUGCAUAUGCUACUGGGCAUAUCCCUUCAGAUCUGCCUUACUAAAAACAGCACACUAGAGCCCGUACUAACAUUGUACAUAAACCCUUUUGGGGGCAGUCACUCAGAGAGCUGGUAUAUGCCUAUAAAUGAGAAUAGUUUUCCAGACUGGCAACCAGCUAAGCUUGACCUUCCCUUGGAGUGCUUCAACUGGACCUUGACCCUGGGUAACAAAUGGAAAACAUUUUUCGAAACCAUUCACAUCUAUUUAAGGAGCCGUGUCAAGACCCAGAGCACCAACGGGAAUGACAGUACGUACUACGAACCCCUGGAGAUCAUUGACCCAUCCAGGAACUUGGGCUACAUGAAAAUAAACAGCAUCCAAGUGUUCGGCUACAGCAUGCACUUUGAUCCUGAAGCCAUUCGAGAUCUGAUCCUGCAGCUGGAUUAUCCCUACACACAAGGCUCCCAGGAUUCUGCGUUACUGCAGUUGCUUGAGAUCCGCGAUCGGGUGAACCGCCUCUCACCUCCAGGCCAACAGCAGCUGGAUCUCUUUGCCUGCCUCCUCCGGCACAGACUGAAACUGACGGCCAAUGAGGUGAUCAGGAUCCACUCGUCUUUGCAAGCCUUCAGCACACGUUUGCCCAACUCUAUUGAUUAUGAGACCACUAAACUGUGUAGUUAGCAUCUACACAGCUAAAGUGAAGUGGAGGAGGCAAGGUGUAGUAUCAGUUAAAUGCUUAUUAUGCACACUGGAUCUGGUGAGUCGCCUCGUCACCUCAUCACGUCCAUAAAAUGAAAGUUGUUCAUUCAAAAAAGAUACAUAACUCUACAUCAGUAAUAUUGUUAUGUCCAAACUUCCCAUUUGUAUGU